AUGGUGGUGUUUGCUCCUGACUAUUCAUUGGCAUCCAAGAAGCCCCCUGGCCUGUUCUGGCCAUUUGAAUCCGUCUCUGAAGGUAAACCUGAAGGCCUCGGCAUUGGAAAUUUUUCUAAGCCCCCGUGGGAUCGAGGCUCCUGCACUGACUAUUCUGAGACUGGGAACCGAGAGGCACUGCUGGAGCCCGUCUCUGGGUUCAGUUCAUCUUUCCUGACUUGCUGUGGCUCAGAGGCAGAGGUUCGGGGGGUUGCUAACCAUUCCUGGGAGUUUUACUGUUCUUUUUCUCUCUUGCAGAAUUUUUCACUGAUCUUUACACUGCCGUCGAAUACAACUUCCUCUCCAGUUGCCACCAGUGCCAAAGCCACAGACUGUGGUCCCUCUAUUGGACUAGCAGCCGGAAUCCCGUCCCUGCUGGCAACAGCCCUGCUGGUGGCUUUUCUGUUUACCUUGAUCCAGCGAAGAAGAACCGUCGAUGAGCCUGUGGAGGAGACUGAGGCACCAUGUGAAAUUUCAGAACUCUAUGACAAUCCCAAAACAUCUGAGAAUCCUAGGCGGUCACCCACACAUGAAAUGAACCCACGAGGCAACCAAGAAGGUCACAUAUAUGUGAAGACUGUCUCGGGAAGUGAAGAGCCCCUGCCCGACACCUACCGUCCUCGUGAAGAAAUAGAGAGAAGAAGAGGACUUUGGUGGCUUGUGCCCAGGCUGAGCCUAGAAUGAUGUCACUGCAUCGGGGAGCAGACCCAGAGCGGGAACAAAGCUGAAAACCUGGGGUCUGUGCUCGGCGUCCGAGCCUGGAGAAGUAAGGAGCCAGUCGCCUCUCGUUCCACAUCGAUUUCAUUUGCAGAUCCAGGGCACAUUUGGCUGCCUUGCCCCUUUAGCGGACAACUGCAGUCAGGAUCAUUCGAUCUCAGACCUUGCGUUGUAAUCAGCAAUGCAACCUGGGUGAGUUGCUCAUGCAUCCAGAUGAGCCCUGUACGUCCUAUUUCUGAAU